AUGAUUACUUCCGGGAUGAAUUUGGUGAUGACAGUUAUAGGAUUUGCUAUGAGCACCAUGUUCAUAGUUUUUGUUUGUACCCGUCUUGUCUGCGCUCGGAUUCACUUGAACGCAGCUCGCCGCUCCUUCCCCGUUGCUUCCAGAUCCGAUCUUGGCAUUUUGGAGAGAGGGUAUCAUCAUGGCCUCGACCCUGUAGUUGUGGCUAACUUCCCAACCAAGGAGUACAACAACGAGUUGUUCUCCACCACCGAAGACGCACAAUGCUCAAUUUGUCUUGCAGAAUAUCGCCAGAGUGACAUCCUGCGCAUCCUUCCAUACUGUGGACACUCUUUCCAUGUCACCUGUAUCGACAUAUGGCUGAAGCAGCACUCCACAUGUCCUGUAUGCCGAAUACCACUGCACGAGUUCCUCGAGAGAAAACGAGCGAUGCAGCAGCCAUUGUUCAGCUCAGCCAUCCGAUCCCAGGACAGCAGGGCAGAGGUGGGUUUCGAAGUCCAUCCUUACAGCUGUUUGUAUAUUGAACAUGGGUUUUCAUCGAGGCAGCACAAUGACAGCAGUGAGACUGAGUCAAACACCAACAACAACAACGACGACGAGAGCCACCAGGCCUCUGACCGCGAUGAAGCCAAAGCUGGGGAGAGUCUGUCCCUAUUGGUGGAGGGGAAAUGUGAAUCUAAAGACUUGGGAAGCAAGCAUGCAGAGAGCCCAUCAAAUCCUUGA